GAAAUCUACUAUUGUUAAGAUAGUUGAUGAUUCACCUAAAAAAGAGUAGUUAAGAAAUGUUCCAAUAAGAAAAAAACACUGCUGUUACUGCUACUGGUGGUGCUGAUUACUUCAAGUUCAGUGUUAAUGGGAUGGGGUAGUUGAAGAUGACCCAAUUUCCAGUUUUGGCUUCUUAUAGCAAUUAUCCUCCAGAAUUUACCGACACCCUUUGAACUAUUAACUAAUUCAAAUUUUUCCUCAAUUAGAUCCAAGUCCAUUAGUGUACGACUUCCAUUUUAAACAAACAAAAAAAAUCUUUCUAAUAUUCUAAUGGGUUUUCAAUGCAUUUGAUCCAUAAGGCCAUAACUUUCCCAAUUCUAAUGCUUGCUCCAUUUGCAUUAAAGUGAAUUAAGGAAAUGUCGGUGAAGAACAGAGGAGGUAGUGAGUUUGCUUCAAGAAAUGCGUUCUCUAGGAACUGGGUUCUUCUGCUAUGUCUUGGGAGCUUUUGCGCUGGAAUGUUCUUCACUAACAGAAUGUGGUUGGUUCCAGGAGGUGAAAGGAGUUCAAAGUUGUUUAGGGUUGCUGAUGCACAAAUGAAGAUAAAAUCUGAGGACUGUAAUCCACAACGUAAUGGAUACAAUGCAAGCAUAAUUGAGAACUCAAGGACACGGCUCAGUAUCCAGGAACUGAAUGACACGAUUGCAGAUUUGGAAAGGAAAUUGGCAGCUGCAAUGGAGGAUAACGAAUCUGUAUCAAAGGGAUCUCUCUCAUUGGAGAAUCCGAAGGCUGAUGAUUUGACUUUGAAGAGGAGAAAAUACUUCAUGGUUAUAGGAAUAAAUACAGCUUUUAGCAGUCGGAAGCGAAGGGAUUCAAUUCGUAGUACUUGGAUGCCACAAGGUGAAAAAAGAACCAAGCUCGAGGAAGAGAAAGGGAUAAUCAUACGCUUUGUUAUAGGACAUAGUUCAACAUCUGGUGGCAUUCUCGAUAAAGCUGUUGCUGCGGAGGAGCUUAUGAAUAGAGAUUUCUUGAGACUGAAUCAUGUUGAAGGCUAUCUCGAGCUAUCAGCAAAGACAAAAACUUAUUUUGCCACUGCCGUUGCUUUGUGGGAUGCUGAGUUUUAUGUUAAAGUUGAUGACGAUGUCCAUGUCAACUUAGCUACUCUUGGAUCAACUUUAGCUGCACAUCGAAGGAAGCCUCGGGUUUACAUUGGUUGUAUGAAGUCUGGACCUGUCCUUUCUCAGAAGGGACUGAAGUACCAUGAACCAGAGCAUUGGAUAUUUGGUGGAGAAGGAAACAAGUACUUCCGUCAUGCAACCGGGCAGCUUUAUGCAAUUUCAAAGAAUUUGGCAAAGUAUAUACUAAAAAAUCAAGAUAUGCUCCACAAAUAUGCUAAUGAAGAUGUGUCUUUGGGAUCUUGGUUCAUUGGUUUAGAUGUGGAGCACAUUGAUAAUAGAAAACUAUGCUGCGGUACCCCACCUGAUUGUGAACUGAAAGCUCAGAGUGGAAACCCAUGUGUGGCUUCAUUUGACUGGAAAUGCAGUGGCAUCUGCAAGUCUGUAGAGAGGAUAAUGGAAGUUCAUAGCCGCUGUGGAGAAGAUGAGAAUGAUGUGUGGAGUAAAAGUUUUUGAGAGAAUCAUUAUAGCUUUUCAAAGUAAAAGGAUGAUGACAGGGAAACCAAGCACACCUAAAUGAUGAAAUCAAAUGAUGCAAGAUUAAAUUCCUACAUGUCGUUCAGGAGACAAUUGUUGGUGGUGCCGCUACCAGAAAAGACAGAAGCUGAAUGACUGAAGGUGUUUGUGUGUAUUAAGAGGGUGGGGAAAAGGCUUUUCUUUCUCACGUCUUUAGACAUUGUCCCUCAUUCUGAAUUACUGAAAUAUUCUGCAGCCUUUUUCUUCUUCUUUAUUUAGCGAUGAAUUAUAUGAUUAUACAGAAAAAGGAACAAUUAUAUAUAUAUAUAUAUAAAAAAUCAAAUUGGAAUGUCCUUCUCAA